GCAAACACAUAUAAUCAGCAUGUAACAGAAACGGCCAAGCAUUUUUCGGGGGAGGGGUUGGGAGUAGCCGAGUGGGACUGCCCGACUGGGGAAGCCAGCAGAGAAACGAGAAGGUGAGUGAGAGAAGAGAUGUUACAGUUUCCGGCGUUCAUGACACAAUACCCGGUGGCUACAAGCAUGAUCCCAUCCUCCGUUCUUCUGCCAUCACAAUGGCCCCAUCCGCAAAGCGACGAAAUCCUCUUAGCGAUGGAGGAGUCUGAUCUCGAAGACAAGUACAACGAAAUAAAAAAGGCAAAUAAUAACCUUGUUGUGAUUGGGAAAAUAACUGUUGACAAUGACAAAGAAGACUUGGAUAAUGAUGCGGAUGAUGAUGAUGCUGAUAAUGCAGAGGAGUCAGAAGGUGAUGACUUUGAGCAGGAAACUGGUUAAGUGAAGUAGUAACAUGGGUUGAUCACCAUGCAACAUCUGAAGUUAAUUCUUGUAUUUGAGUUACUGAUUUUCAUUAUGCAUAGGAAUUUCUGUUAAAUAUUUGCCUUCUUCUUCUUUGCCAAGGCGAUAUGUGAGGUUUGAAGUUUGAAGAACUGUAUUAUAAUAUCCAUUUGUGUUAAACUUCUAUUGCACCAUGGGGAACCUUUACAUGAGUAAAUAUCAGCAGAAAUUUCACCAUA